AAAACCUUUCUAAAUCCUCAUCAAUUCAUAUUCGUAUUUUUCUUUUCUUUCCAAUAUUAAUUAUUUGUUGAGAGGGAGAAUUUUGAUGGAGAGCACAAAUUCAUCAUCAGGUUCACAGCACCCGCAGCUCCCGCCGGGGUUCCGGUUUCACCCGACGGACGAAGAACUGGUGGUCCAUUACCUCAAGAAAAAGGCCGCCUCCAUCCCGCUUCCGGUCACCAUCAUCGCGGAGGUCGACUUGUACAAGUUUGAUCCAUGGGAACUGCCAAGUAAGGCGACGUUUGGGGAGCAAGAGUGGUAUUUUUUCAGCCCAAGGGACCGGAAGUAUCCAAAUGGGGCACGGCCAAACAGGGCAGCAACUUCAGGGUAUUGGAAGGCAACUGGGACGGAUAAGCCUGUUCUAUCAUCAAUCGGAAACCACAAAGUCGGUGUGAAAAAAGCUCUUGUUUUCUAUGGAGGGAAGCCCCCAAAAGGGACUAAAACCAAUUGGAUUAUGCACGAGUAUCGGCUUGUCAACAACACCACCACCACCAUCAACAUGAGUUCUAGUACUACUAAGCCUUCUGAUGCAGCUAACAAGAAACCCUCCCUAAGGAAAAACAAAGGGCCUGUGAUGUCUAUAGAUGGUGAUCAUUUUCUUCACAAGGCCGAGGACUCUAAUAGUUCUAUGGAAGAGGGUAUGUUUCUCCACCCGUCAAUACUGCCAACUCAAAAACUGCCGCCGCUGCCGCCGCCACCAUCAUCAAAGCUGCCAACUACAGAUUACACCGCGUUGCUAGAAAGCGAUGAUCACGAGAGCUAUCUUGAGGGCAUACUAUCGUCAAGCGAUCAUCAACCAGGCUCUCACUCUCAUGAUCAUGAUCAGUUUGGCACUAUAUCAACUUCCAUCUCAAAAAGCAGCCUACCCUUGAAACGUCAUCUUCCUUCGCCGUUUUGGAACGACGUGGGAUCGAUAGGGACUGCUGCUGCUACUACUACUUCAUCGAGCAAAAAGUUUCAUGCUGAUCUCAUCAAUGAAAACAACUCAUUUGUUUCUAUGCUGAAUCAGACGCCACAGGGCACGGCACCGUUUCACGCUAAUGCUGCACUUCUUGAGUUGCUAGGAGAUGGGGUUUUGCGCCCACAGUUUCAACUCCCAAGCAUGAACUGGAAUUCCUAGUUUGGUUUUGGUAAGGUUUCGUAUAUAUGUUUUAUGUUAUUAUAUUUUUUUUAAUGAACAUGUGAUUUAAAUUUUUAGUUUAGUUUCACUCUCAAAUUAUAUACUUGUUAUAUAGGCGAUAACAAAUAUGUUAUAUGUAGUUACAGAAACAAUUGAUAAAAAAAAAUUAAUUUGAUAGUUUUAUCCAA